AUUAAUUUAUUGAAAAUGUUUAAAAGAAUAAAAAAUAUUCAUAGUUUUCAAAGAAUUAAUUCCAAAUAUAUAUUCAUAAAAAAAUAUAGUCAAAAGGUUUCCAAAUGUUAUCCAAAAAGAAUAUUUUCGGGAAUUCAACCAACUGGAAAUUUACAUUUGGGAAAUUAUCUUGGUGCCAUACAAAAAUGGAUACAAUUCCAGGAUAAUGGAGAAAAUGUUAUUUGGAGCAUUGUGGAUAUGCAUGCUAUUACUUUAUCACAUGAUCCAAAAGAGUUAAAUGAUAAUAUAUUUAAAAUGACAGCAACAUUAUUAGCAUGUGGUAUUGAUCCAAAGAAGAGUAUAUUAUUCCAACAAUCUACUGUACCCAUGCAUACACAAUUGAGUUGGAUUUUGGGAUGUCUUUCAACUCAAGCACGAUUAUCUCGCUUACCUCAAUAUAGAGAAAAAAGUCAGACAUUAAAAGUCAUUCCUUUGAGCUUAUAUAUUUAUCCUGUUUUACAAGCUGCUGAUAUAUUAUUAUAUAAAGCAACACAUGUUCCAGUUGGACAAGAUCAAGUUCAACAUAUUCAAUUAGCACAAGAAUUAGCUAUUAAAUUUAACAAAAAAUUUGGAGAUACUUUUCCUGUACCUCAUUCUUUAGUUAAUGAAAAUGCAAGUCAACGUAUAAAAUCUCUUCGCGAUCCUUUAAAGAAAAUGUCAAAGUCUGAGAAAGAUUCAAGAAGUAGAUUAGAUUUAUUAGAUGAACCUGAUGUAUUAUUGGAGAAGAUAAAAAAAGCUGUUACCGAUUGUACCUCAAAAGUAACUUAUGAACCAGAAACAAGACCUGGUGUUUCAAAUUUAGUUAUUAUUCAUUCAAUGCUUAGUGGAAAGUCUGAGGAUCAAAUAUGUUCUGAAGUAGAAGAAUUAGAUACUGGAAAAUAUAAAUUGAUGCUGGCAGAUUAUAUUAUAGAAAAAUUAAGUCCAAUUCGUAAAGAAUAUUCAAAAUUAAUUAAAGAUCCAAUGUAUUUAGAAGAAAUUUUGAAGAAUGGCACGGAAAAAGCGAUCGAAAUAGCUAAUGAUUGUUGGUAUGAUGUUCGAAAUAAAAUUGGUUUUGAAAAUGAUAUUCUCUGUAUUAAUGAAUCAGUACAAAAUAUAGUAAACAAAAUAUAAUAUAAAAUGCAUAUUUAUUGUACGAAA